AUGUGCAAGUAUCUGCACAAAGAUGUGAAGAAGGGGUUCAUCCGGCUGGACAUGUCGGAGUUUCAGGAGAGGCACGAGGUUGCCAAGUUUAUUGGCUCCCCUCUGGGGUACGUUGGUCACGAGGAAAGUGGCCAGCUGACCAAGAAGCUUAAGCAGUGCCCAAAUGUGGUGGUCCUCUUUGAUGAAGUGGACAAGGCCCACCCAGAUGUCCUCACCAUCAUGUUGCAGCUCUUUGAUGAAGGGAGGUUGACCGAUGGGAAGGGGAAGACCCUCAACUGCAAGGACGCCAUCUUCAUCAUGAACUCCAAUGUGGCCAGCGACGAGAUCGCCCAGCAUGCCUUGCAGCUGCGGCAGGAAGCCAUGGAAAUGAGCCACAAGAGGAUUGCCGAAAAACUGGAUGACAUCCAGAUGACAGACAAGAUAACCGUCUCCAAGCAGUUCAAGGAGAAAGUCAUCCACCUAAUCCUGAAGGCUCACUUCCGGAGGGACGAAUUCCUUGGGAGAAUCAAUGAAAUUGUCUACUUCCUCCCUUUCUGCCACUUGGAGCUCAUCCAGCUGGUCAACAAAGAGCUGAGCUUCUGGGCAAAGAAGGCCAAGGUCAGGCACAACAUCACUCUGGUCUGGGACCGGGAGGUCAUGGACGUUCUGGCUGAUGGCUACCACCUGCACUACGGAGCCCGGUCCAUCAAGCACGAGGUGCAGUGCUGGGUGGCACCUGAAGAGAUGUCCUUCGCCUUAUAG